AGCCCCGGCGACCAGUACGGCGACAUCAAGAAUCCCUUCGUACCACGCGUCGUCAAUCAGUUCACAGCGCAAGAAAUUGCCACAUUACAGAGUCGGCUGAAUAGACAGCUCGGGCCGGAGUAUAUAUCGCAACGACCGGGGAAUGGAGGGGGUAGGGUGGCAUAUUUGGAGGGGAAUAAGGCGAUAGCGCUUGCGAAUGAGGUGUUUGGAUUCAACGGCUGGUCGAGCUCGCUCGGGCAGGUGCAGGUCGACUUUGUCGACGAACACCCCCAGGGUGGAAAAGUCAGUCUCGGGCUUUCGAUCAAUGUGCGGAUUACUCUGAAGGACGGCACAUACCAUGAGGACAUCGGGUAUGGAUCAGCUGCUAACAACAAGGACAAAGCAAGUGCGUUCGAGAAGGCCAAGAAAGAAGCAGCAACAGACGGACUCAAACGUGCAUUACGCACAUUUGGCAACGUUCUGGGCAAUUGUCUAUAUGACAAAGAGUAUCUCAAGAAGGUCCAGGCAAUGAAGGUGAAGCCUGUCAAAUUCCAGGAGAACAACCUAUACAGGCAUCCGGAUUUCGCACCACAACCAAAGGAAGAGGAUGCACUCAUAAAAAUGGAGCCGCAUCGGACGCCAGUGAAGCCGAACCAGGCUCUAAGGACACGCACGGAACAUCUUAGCCGGGAAAUAUCAGGAGAGUUCGAUGAUGAAUAUGAUGGGAACUUUUUCGACGGGGUUGAGAUCACUGAGCAUCACACCGACGAGUUCACAUUUGAGACGGUCUCUGCCGCGGAAGAGGUAGCGCCGAAGGCUCUGGAAGCCUCAAAGCCAGCGAACGCACCGAACGGAGCCGGAUCGAGUCGCCCAGCAGCCGUCGCGGAUGGCGGUCCUCCCCGCCAAUCUAAUCCUCGAAUGCAGACCACGCCUGCCAUGCGGAGCCAGGAUGGGACACGGCAGCAGCCUCAUCCGCAGCAGCCUCCGCAGAAUCAGGGACCAGGAAGACCACCAAUGCAGCCGCCCAAUUCAAGGGGGACUACGACACCGACCGCAAUCCCUCCACCAAACCACCGACCGCCUGUUGGUUUUGUAACCUCCCGCGCCGCCGAACUAGUGCAAAACUCCGACUCCGCUACCUCCUUCACGCACCUCCCAGCCUUCAAUCCACAUGCCGACUCUCCAGUACCAAAAGAGCAGCGCACCCCUGGUGUAGACCACACGCGCAGCAUCCCCAUCAAGCGACAAGAAGUCGGUGCGCUGCCGCCCCCAGCCCCUCAACUUGGAGGCUUUAACCGGCCAGGUGGUGGUGCGGGGAGAGGGAACAUGAACUUUGUAAAUCCGCAGCAGGACAUGAAUAGGCGGAUUGGCAUGCCUGGUGCGAAUGGAAUGAGUCCGGGUCUGAACAGAGGCGCGUACAAACCGCCAAUGAAGAGGCCGCCGUUACAGGAUGUGAGCAAUCAGGCCGGGAACCUGAAGCAAGAAGGGGAGCCGGAGGCGAAGAGACAGAGGGUUGAUGCGCCGGGAAGUGAAAAUGCUGGUGCAGGUGUGGUGGGUUCAUGA